AAUCAAUUUGCUACUAAUGGAGUAAACAAGCACUCAAAUCACUGAAAGCCAAGUUUUUCAAAAAUGAAAAAGUCCAGCAAACAAAAAACAGCUGAUUCCCUUGAACAAGAUAGUCCUUCUGUUCAUAAACAUAGCAAACAAAAAAGGCACAAAACAAGAUCAAGCAGUGAAGAAGACACAAGGGAAAGAGAUAUAAGAAACCGCUACAGAAAGCAAAAUGAUAGUUUGCAAGAACACACUGAUGAGAUGCAUAACAAACAUAAAAGGCACAAAAGAAGAUCAAGCUGUGAAGAAGACACAAUGGAAAGAGAUAUAAGAAACAGCUACAGAAAGCAAAAUGAUAGCUUGCAAGAACAUAAUGAUGAGAUGCAUAACAAACAAAAAAGGCACAAAAAAAGAUCAAGCUGUGAAGAAGACGCAAGGGAAAGAGAUAUAAGAAACAAUUACAAAAAGCAAAAAGAUAGUUUUCAGGAACAUAAUGAUGCAAUGCACAGCAAACAAAAAAAGCACAAAAGAAGGUCAAGCCGUGAAGAAGAGACAAGAGAAAGAGAUAGCAGAAACAAUUACAGAAAAGAAAGGGAUAGUAUUCGGGAACAAGAUGAUGGAAUGUAUAGCAAACAAAAAAACCACGAAAGAAGAUCAAGCCGUGAGGAAGAGCCAAGAGAAAGAGAUAGCAGAAACAAUUACAGAAAAGAAAGGGAUAGUAUUCAGGAACAAGAUGAUGGAAUGUAUAGCAAACAAAAAAACCACAAAAGAAGGUCAAGCUGCGAGGAAGAGCCAAGAGAAAGAGAUAGCAGAAAAAAUUACAGAAAAGAAACGGAUAGUAUUCAGGAACAAGAUGAUGCAAGGAUUGAUACUACAGAACCUUUAUCAAAAAGAAUGAAAAUUGGAAAUAUUAAUACACGAACUGGUGGAGCCUACAUUCCACCCGCAAAACUGCGAAUGAUGCAGGAAAAAAUACAGGACAAAAGCAGUGAGGAGUAUCAGAGAAUCGCUUGGGAAGCUCUAAAGAAAAGCAUAGUUGGAAUGACGAAUAAAGUGAAUAGUUCUAACAUAACAGAAAUUGUUCCAGAGCUUUUUAAAGAAAAUAUCAUUCGAGGAAGAGGCGUCUUAGCUAGAGCAAUAAUUCAGGCUCAGUCGGCUUCACCUAUUUUCACCCGUGUAUAUGCUGCUCUUGUUGCUGUCAUAAAUACAAAAUUUCCUGAAAUUGGAGAAUUAAUUUUAAAACGGCUUAUUAUUCAAUACAAAAGGGGAUACCGCCGCAAUAAUAAAACCUUGUGUAUGACAGCUGCAAAAUUUAUUGCACAUUUGCUAAACCAGGAAGUGGCUCAUGAAGUACUUAUGUUAGAAAUAUUGACUCAUCUCUUGGAAAAUCCAACAGAGGAUUCAAUUGAAAUAGCUGUUGCCACUUUAAAAGAAUGUGGGUUGAAGCUGACAAAACUUACACCAACUGGAAUGAGAGCUAUUACUGACAGAGUUCGAAGUCUUCUUCAUGAAGGAAGUGUGGAUGUUCGUGUCCGUUAUAUGAUUGAAGUAUUUUUUGCUGUUGAAAAAGAUGGUUUUAAGGACUUCCAAGUAGUUACUGAAGAAUUGGAUCUAGUUGAAGAAGAAGAUAAAUAUACUCAUCUAAUCACUUUGGAUGAUGAAAUGGAUAAUGGAGAAAUGCUAAAUAUUUUCCAAUUUGAUCCAAACUACACUGAAAAUGAAGAAAAGUAUAAAUCAGUUGUUAAAGAAAUACUAGGUGAUGAUACUGAUGAAGAUGGGUCUGCUGAUGAUGAAGAGGAAAGUGAUGAAGAAGAAGAAGCUAAAACUGAAGAAAGCCAGCAAAUCAUAGACAUGACUGAAACUAAUGUAGUCUGCUUACGGCGUAAAAUCUAUUUAACUAUACAGUCCAGCUUAGAUUUUGAAGAAUGUGCUCAUAAACUUUUGAAAUUAGAGUUACAACCUGGACAAAUAUUAGAAAUGUGUUACAUGAUACUUGAUUGUUGUGCACAACAAAGGACUUAUGAGAAGUUUUUUGGACUUCUUGCUCAGAGAUUCUGCCAGCUGAAUAAAAUAUAUGUGGAGCCCUUUACUGAAAUAUUUGAAAACUCUUAUAAGACCAUUCAUCGUCUUGAGACAAACAAGUUAAGAAACGUUGCAAAAUUUUUUGCUCAUCUCUUGUAUACUGAUGCUAUAUCUUGGGCGGUACUAGCAAUUAUAAAAUUGAAUGAAGAAGAGACAUCUUCCUCCAGUCGUAUUUUUAUUAAAAUUCUCUUUCAAGAACUUUGUGAAUAUAUGAGCUUACAGAAGUUAAAUGAAAGAGUGAAAGAUGUAACUCUUCAAGAAGCAUUUGAUGGCCUUUUCCCAAGAGAUCAUCCACACAAUACGAGAUUUGCAAUCAAUUUUUUCACAUCAAUUGGCUUGGGAGGACUUACAGAUGAAUUGAGAGAGCAUUUAAAGAAUCUGCCAAAACCUCCUAUACCAAUUGUUCCAGUGGCUGCCUCUCCUGAAAAUACAUCCUCAAGUUCAACUUCAAGUUCAUCCUCAUCAUCCUCGUCAUCCUCCUCCUCUUCUGAUUCCGAUUCAGAUGAAAGGAGUAAGUACAAGAGUUUUAAAAUGAAUUGA